AACAACGUGCCGCUCACUGUGAGUGAAACAGGAAGAUCUGACAGCUGCAGCUCGACUGGAGCCGUGAAUCGGUUCACAUGUCGGGUCCUCUCUGGACAUCAAGCCUCCAUUUGUUUGAUUCUCGGUCCCAGAGAGUGGAGCAUCGGGACGGCACGACUCCGACUGGAAGCUUCUCCGGGCUGCACCAGAACCCCCGUGCAGCUCCCUCUCCAGGUCUCCCUGGAUCCGUGUUUUGCAUCGCUCCUCAUUUGCAUUUCUCCCUCAGACUGUCCGCGCGACGCUCGGAACCAGCGGGCGCUCCACGGCUCGGUCGCACGCGCGCCUCCAUUUCCAAAUACGCGCAGACAGAAAACAAAGAAACUGGACAUUUUGAAUAAUGUCGCCGGAGCACUGAGAGCAUUUGGAUCGCGUGAGGUCGUGCGUCGUUCCUCCGGAGACGGCACGUGUCUUCGGGGUAAACAGAACGGGCUCGCUUUGUGUUUCCUCCCCUCAAACACGAGCUUUACGCUUCAGCCGGAGAGAUGUCGGAAGUGCUGCCUUUCAACGAAGAAAACAUGAGUCAUUAUGGAAAUGAGGGCGACGAGGGACACCUGUCCUUCACCUGUCGCCUCCAAGACACCAACAACUUCUUCAACGGGUCACAGAACAAACGUCCGCCGAAACUCGGACAAAUAGGCCGGAGCAAACGGGUUGUGAUUGAGGAUGAGAACGGCGACGCCGAAGCACUGAAAGGUGGAUCAGAGAAGACCCCGGCGGAGGCUUAGAGCGCUCGGCUCCACCCCCCCAAAAGACACUGUUGACAUGUUGUCUGGCGAUGUUGACCAGUUUUAAUCCAAAGACAUUGUAUAUAAGCACUUUCUCUCAUGUGGCAGCAAGCAGCACCUCCACACCCUCCUCACCCCGUCAAUCAGGACCAUCCAGGUGACGCGCACUGGCAAGGGUGGGAGAUGGCAGUGAAGGAGACCCCCAGGUGGACCCCCCCCCCAAACACACACCCACACACACAAACAAACACACCCUCGAUUGCAGGGUUCCGCCAGAAAUCCAAAGCGGGACAAGAAAACAGGGUGGGGGGGGCACGAGGGGGAGGAAGGAGUCGCCUCCUUCUGCUGUCGAAAUGCAGAAAUCAGGGACAGGAUACAUAAAUACAUGUAAUAAAAAAACUAAAGCACACACUUCUACUAGCUUAUCAUUCCAACCUAUGGUACCAUCGUUUCUGCUCUUCAUUUGGAUCGAGGGCGGCUGAAUAUCAGAGUUUGUAAAUAUGGAAAGGGUAGCCCAUAUUUUCUUGCACAAAGUGGGAAACUGGUUUGUUCUCUGAGUUGAAGACUUUAUUUAUUGAUCCUUUGGAAUAUGUCUUUUGCAGUGACUCGAGGCCCGAGGGAGUGUUCUUUUGUAUUUCCAGAACUCGGAGUGACAUUUCUUCUUCACUUAACUAUUCUCGAUGUUGCCUGAGUGUUUUUUGUUACAUCCUUUGCCGCUAACGAGUCAUUUAUAUGCAGUGUACCUCCCACCUGUUUGUGAGCUUCCCAGGCUUUCACCUGGAUUGGUUAAUACUGUAACUUGACUGUACACACCUUUAUUGAUAACCUAUUUAUAUUACAUUGUGCAUUAUUGUGUGUGCCAAAACUCAUGAGGAAUAAUACUGUACCAGACGAUUUCUUUUUUUGUGCUUUAUACAUUCACUCAUACAAUUCAGUUGUUUUGUUGGGUGGCCAUUUUUUUGGCCUCUUUCUUAAAGAUACCAACUCAUGCAUGGCAAAUAUGAAAUCAUGCAUGCACGGCAGAAGCUCUGAAACUCUUGUGUAUUCUUGAAGCACCUCGUAUACAGCUUUGAAUGACAAACCUCGAGAAACAGUCUUAAUUCUGCGUUGUACUGUACGAUUCACACUGAUUUGUACAGUGGCCUAAUAUCUUGUAAUAAAGAUUAUGACAAAGUACU